AGGGCCGGCUGCCUGCAGUUUUCCGGCAGGGCUGCAAGAGGCGCCUCCUCUCUCCUUUUUAUACAUGAGCCGCCGGCAGCAGCCGCCGGACUCGCCGCCGCCGCUCGCCCCUGCCGCUCCGGAUUGACCGCCCGCCGCGGCUCCGCGUCCCAGCCCCAUGCGGGGCACCGGCAGCAGCGGCUAGAAGGGGACCUGGAUGGCCGUAGCUGAAGGCGGCUGGUGCGCGGUGAAGCGGUGCGCUGCGAACGCCGGCGGUUCUUCCUGCCCCUUCGCGACCAGGGAGCCGGGCCAGUCUCCUCCUUCGCCUUCCUCCUCCUCCUCUUCCUCCGGCGGCUCCCAGAGCGAACGCGGCUCUUCCAAGACUCCUCUGCCGGAGCCCGACGGCCGCCACCGGCCGGCCCCGCCGCCACCCCCCGCCGCCGAGGGCAGGUCGCUACUCGCCCCCUACGUGCACUUCGGGGCCCCCCACCCCUCCGGCCUGUCCAGCUGGGACGAUAUCCUACUCUUCGCGGAUUUAGACCAAACCAACAAGCUGAUCUGGUCCAGCCGCGGCUCCAAGCUGAGCGCCCUCGGCGCCGAGCAGCCCGAGGAGAUGUACCAGACCCUGGCCAUCUCGGCCGCCCAGGGCCCCACGCCUUACGACGGAUCUCCGGGCGGCUUCAUGCACUCCACUCCUAGCUCGCCCGUCUACGUGCCCACCACCCGCGUGGGCUCCAUGCUGCCCACCCUGCCUUACCUGCAGGGCAGCGGGGCGGCCCAGCCCAGCCACCCGGGCGGCGGCCACGCCGUCUGGUCCCAGCCGGCCGCGGAGAGCCCCUCGUACAGCACCGGAGGCGGCUCCCACCCCUCGGGCCGCUUCCCCUACUCCCCCAGCCCCCCGGUGGCCAACGGGGCCUCCCGGGAGCCCGGCGCCUACAGCAACAGCCUGGGGGCCAGGGACCAAUACAGCCCCUUGGCCCGGCCGCUGAACGGCUCCUACCCGGGGCCUUACACGUCCUACGUGGGGCCGCAGCUCACCCCCGCCUGGCCCACGGCGCCCUUCGAGAAUUCCAUGCUGCACUGCCUCCAGGGCCGGGCCGCCCCUAUCCCUGUCCGGGCACCCAGCGCAGAGCUGCUGGAGGACCUGUCCGAGAGCCGGGAAUGCGUCAACUGCGGCUCCAUCCAGACCCCGCUGUGGAGGAGGGAUGGCACCGGCAACUACCUGUGCAACGCCUGUGGGCUCUACACCAAAAUGAACGGCCUCAGCCGGCCCCUCAUCAAGCCCCAGAAGAGAGUGCCCUCGUCCCGGCGGCUGGGCUUGUCCUGUGCCAACUGCCACACCACGACCACCACCCUGUGGCGCAGGAAUGCCGAGGGUGAGCCUGUCUGCAAUGCCUGUGGCCUCUACAUGAAGCUCCACGGGGUUCCCCGACCUCUUGCUAUGAAAAAAGAAGGAAUUCAGACCAGGAAGCGAAAACCUAAGAACAUAAAUAAGUCAAAGGCGUGCUCUGGUAACAGUACUACUGCCGUUCCUAUGACUCCAACAUCCACGUCUUCUACUAACUCAGAUGACUGUAGCAAAACCGCCUCUCCCAGCACACAGACUGCAGCCUCUGGGGCGAGCUCAUCGGUGAUGUCUGGCCCAGGGGAAAGCACCAGUCCUGAAAGCAGCAACCUUAAGUAUUCAGGUCAAGAUGGGCUGUACACAGGAGUCAGCCUGACCUCCACGGCCGAAGUGACGGCGUCCGUGAGACAGGAUCCCUGGUGUGCCCUGGCUCUGGCAUGACCUGGCCUGAGGGAAGCUGGAUCCCGGCGCUGGGCUGCAGCCCCUAGACAUCCGUGCACGGUUUCUUCUGCGGAGCAGUCGCGGCGGCAGCGAGAGUGCUGGCAAAGACCAUCCCUCUGAAAUUGUUUCCGUGCCUUGGUGGCAGAGGUGUUUUUCAGCCUCUGAAAGAGGCUCUGCCAAAGCAUCCAGUUCCUCAUCUAUGCAAGAAAAAUAUAAGGAAAACAAAUGCCCACUGGGGAUAGCGAAUGCAGCCUGACACUCUCAAAAAAAAAAGAAAAAGAAAAAAAAAGGAAAAAAAAAAACAAAGAAAAAAAAAAGAAAGAAAAUUGAAGAAAAAGAAGAAGAAGAAGAAGAAGAAGAAGAGAUAAGCCUAGACCUAUUGAUAGAUUCCAGAAAUAAAUCCUCGACUUACCCCAGCAGCGCUGCCGUUCAGAUUGUAUAGUUAUUUUCACUCUCUCAUCACCUUCUCACCCUGAGAAUUUGGUGGAAGUCGUCAAUGCCACAGAGGGAGUACCAACAGCUUUAAUUACUAGAGACAGUAAGAUCCUUUUGAACGAGCAUCAGAAGUGCCUACUGCUUGAGUCGGUGUGGAUGCCUCGCACCAAACAUUUGAUGUCUUCACACCGUUGUUCCUCUCCUCCUGCACCCUCCAUCUUCAGAGUAUCUUGCUCUGGUCUUCAGAGCCCAGCUAUGUCCCUGGAAGAAAUCACAACAUUUGGUACAAGUCUCACAAGGUCCAGCUGGUUAAGGAGAUUUUGGGUUGCUUUUUUUUUUGGUUUAAAAUAUUUACUCACUUUGCAAGACUGCGAUAUAACUUUUAAAGUACACUGUGACUGAGGUUUAUGAAAGUUCCUAUUUUCUGGCUGAACUGUAUAGAGUCAGUCGAAAUUUGUAAACAGGGUAGCAAUCAGAUAUUUUUCUUCCAUAUACACAAUAAUUUUUUUAAAGAAGUGCAAUUUGCGUUGCAGCAAUCAGUGUUAAAUCAUUUGCAUAAGAUUUAACAACGGUUUUUAUACGAAUGAAUGAAUGUAAACAUUUUAACUUAAUGGUACGUAAAUAAUUUAAAAGAAAAACUUAACUAGGCAUCCUUAGGCUUUUUAGCGCAACAAAAUCCCAUCCACUUUCUGUGUUUCCGGUUGUUACAGCAAGAGUUUGAAAGAACAAGCCUUCUCUCAGGAAAUUGUCCUAGCAGUUUGCUCGGAAGUGUUGUACAAAAAUGCAAAUGCAUCCCCAGGGUGUUUUGGUUUUUUUUGCCAUUGAAUAAGUAUGUGCUGGAAAGAAACAAAUCUCAAUGAAACUUUACUACCUAACUGAUACAUAUGUAAAUACUCCAUAAGAUAUUUAGGCAUCUUGAAAAUGUAGGAUGCAAUCUGUAUAGUGUGACUGACACAUAGUUAGGUUGGUUUCCAUUGGCUUUUAAGUGGGAUGUCAUUUGAAAAGUUGUUUCAUCAGAGCUUUACAAAUAAAAGGGUAUCAUUUUGGGACUUUUUUUUUUUUUUUUCCUGUACACUGUGCCUUCUCCUUUGUCUCCAAUGCAAUUGUUAAGCUACAUUAAAAGCUAUGGAAAUGUACCUGA